CUUGUGGAUAUUAAUCGCGCCUUUCUCCUUAUCUUUUAUAUCUAUCAAAUUAACUUUCUACCAAGGAUAUGAGAAGAGCGCGAGCCCUAAAACAUUCAAUCUCAAUUUUCAGAAAUCAGGCUUGAAUCAACUAGAUCUGAAUUCAAAUCCCAAAUCUGGUUGAGGUCUUGAUUCUGGGUUUUGAGGAAGCUUUGACAAAGACUGGAGGCAUCGACUGGAACCAAACAGAAAUAUUGGAGAAUCGGCCUUGAAAUUUUGUAUUGGGGAGCACCAUGGCUUCUGUCUCGGGUCAGCCUCAAUUUCGUUACACACAACCGCCUUCUAAGGUGCUGCAUUUGCGAAAUUUGCCAUGGGAAUGUACAGUGGAAGAGUUGAUUGAACUUGGAAAGCCGUUCGGUAAAAUUGUCAACACAAAAUGUAAUGUUGGGGCUAAUCGGAACCAAGCCUUUGUUGAAUUUGCAGAUCUUAAUCAAGCUAUUGCAAUGAUCUCGUAUUAUUCCUCAUCGUCAGAACCUGCUCAGGUACGAGGGAAAACUGUCUAUCUUCAAUACUCCAACAGACAAGAAAUUGUCAACAACAAAACCACGGGGGACACUCCGAGCAAUGUAUUGUUAGUAACAAUAGAGGGUGUUGAAGCAGGGGAUGUCAGCAUUGAUGUUCUACACCUGGUAUUUUCAGCUUUUGGUUUUGUACAUAAAAUAGCUACCUUUGAGAAGACUGCUGGUUUCCAGGCAUUGGUGCAGUUCUCCGAUUCAGAAACUGCAGCUGCUGCAAAAAAUGCAUUGGAUGGGAGAAGCAUUCCCAGAUACUUACUUCAGGAGCAUGUUGGACCAUGUACCCUAAGAAUAACUUUCUCUGCACAUACGGACCUUAAUGUGAAAUUUCAGAGUCAUCGAAGCAGGGACUACACAAAUCCUUACCUGCCUGUUGCUCCCUCGGCCAUUGAUGCUACUGGUCAGUAUACCAUAGGACCUGAUGGUAAAAAAAGAGAGAUGGAAAGUAAUGUUCUUCUUGCAUCCAUUGAGAACAUGCAAUAUGCAGUUACAGCGGAUGUCUUACGUGCGGUGUUUUCAGCCUUUGGUCUUGUUCAAAAGGUUGCUAUUUUUGAGAAGAAUGCGGCUAUUCAAGCAUUAAUACAGUUUCCGGAUGUCCAGACUGCUGUCGCUGCAAAAGAAAAUCUAGAAGGCCACUGCAUAUACGAGGGAGGUUUUUGCAAGCUUCAUCUGGCCUAUUCUCGGCACACGGACCUCAAUGUCAAGGUAAACAAUGAUCGUAGUCGGGAUUACACAACCCCAGAUUCUGUGAUGCUGCAAAACCAACCUUCAAUUCUUGGGCAGCAGCCACACCCAAUGCUUGCCCCUACCCCUUCUCAGAUCUCUGCAGGCCCCUUCUCGCCAGUUGUUGCUCAUGGUAUCAUGGGUCCUCGCCCUGUGGGGGGUUGGGAAGGCUGUAAUGCAGGUGUAUUGGCUACUUUGCCUGAUCAAGUGUUGCCCAAUCAAGUGGGAUCCUUGCCCCCUCAAGUGCAAGUGAUACCAAAUCAAGUGGCGUCUUUGCCCUCUCAGGUGCAAUUGAUGUCUAAUCAGGUGGCUUCUUUGCCUGGUCAAGUUCAAAUGUUGCCCAAUCAAGUGGCUCCAUUGCCUGGUCAGGUUCAACUUCUGUCUAAUCAAUUGUUUGGGUUGCCUGGUCAAGUUUCAAAUCAAGUGUUUGGGAUGCCAGGUCAAGUGCAAGUGCCCCCACCUCAAGGGUACGGGGCAAUGGCUCCUAAUAAUGGGGCAGGUGCAUUUCCAUUACAUGAGCAGGGGAACCAGCUGCCUAUGACUGCCAUGUCGCCUUUCGGAAAAUAACCAGGUCACUGAUUUUGCAUUGUAUUUUACUUUUUCUUUAAUUUGCCACCCUGUUUGCAUUUUUUUUUGUUGAGAGAGAAUUGUAUCAUUGGUAGGUCAUUCUCCCCCGUUGCUUUGUUUUCCUAAGGAGUUCCAACAUGUAAGUUCUUUGAAGAUACAAUCCAGGGUUUGUAUUUGAAUAUGUCAGUUGAGGCACUUUAUAGGCCGUGGCUAACACAUGAAGGUUUGUUGUUUGAUAGUCUAACAUGUUUCGUGGGUAGAGAGACAAAUAUGGGCAAAUUGUACUGAACUUUGGGGCAUUUCUUUCAUGGAGUUCUAAUAUAAAUUUGCUUCCCACAUUAGAUUAACUCUA